AUGCCCGCCAUGGCUGCGGUUGCUGCUCCGCCAGCACCGCCCGUGGGCCCAGACACCCUCAUCACCAUCAAGAUUCUCCAGAAUGGCUCGCUCAACCGCCGCCUGAAGAUGCCUCUCCGCGACCUGGGCGCGCGCGUGUUCCCCCAGAAGAUCCGCCAAUUCCUCUCCGUCCCCCCGACUGAAACUCUAGUGCUUGAGCGCUACUCGGACAGCUUUGCCAACUAUAUUCUCCUGGACAGCGAGAAUCCUGCUGUCUACAAACAACUAUACCGUGCUGCUAAGGCCAAGCUCAAGCUUCGCAUCAAGGCUACAACCACAUCCCAGACACUCCCAGCUGUCUCCGAUAAUUCUCAAUCCCAGGAGCCGUCUCACCAGCCUUACCGCUAUCUGGAGACCGUCUUGAGCUCCUCCGCCUCACCCACCAACACCGUCUCCAACGACGAUCUCGUUUCUCGCGUCUCUACAAAUAUCGAUUCUCAGUCUACUCAGACCAUGACGUCACCACUUCUUUCGCAGUCGAUGCUCGAGGAGAAGCAGCGUGCUUACCCUUUUAGAUUCCCUAACAGCAACCACCCCAGCAGCAUGUACUGCAUCGACUGCAACAACUGCGGUGGUAGUAUUCUCGGAGAACACUACCAUUGCAGUAUUUGUGACGGGGGUGACUACGAUCUGUGUUCUGCUUGCGUUGAUGCUGGUGUUUCCUGCCCCGGCGAGGACCACUGGUUGCUCAAACGUUUGGUUCAGAAUGGAGUCAUAAUCAACAGCACCACCGAGACUAUCGCGCCCAAGCGUCUCCGUUCUUCACCAUCUGCUGUUCCGACAGACAACACGGCUCCCGCAGAAGAGCCAAAGAUAGAGGACAAGGAAACCGUCGUAGAGAACACAAAGAAUGUCGUCGAGGAACCAGUGCAAGAAAAACUCGCAGCAAAUGAACGUACAUGCAACGCAUGUUUCCGUCAGUUCUCGGAGACCACGAUGCGUAUUGUGGGUGUUCGACACAAGUGCAUGACCUGUCCGGACUGGGACUACUGCUGGUCGUGUAUGAAGACUGCGGAACACUCUCACCCCCAGCAUCGGUUUGUUCCCAUCUAUGAGUCCAUUUCCGAACCUUCAUACGACCAAGAGGUCCACUAUGGUAUUUACUGUGACGGACCCUUGUGCCGAAACAAGUCGUCGGUUACCUACAUUACUGGUGUGCGAUAUAAGUGCGCCAUCUGUCAUGACACCGACUUUUGUGCAGCAUGUGAAGCUCUGCCAAACUCUACUCACAAUCGCACGCACCCCUUGAUCAAGCUCCGUACUCCCGUGCGUAACGUUAGUGUUAGCACCAUGGGCGGUGAUGGCCUUGGUGGCCAGUCAAUCCUCAUGGGCGACCGUUCUCCUCCAGUUCCGCCUAGCUUUGUGGAUGCCGCAACCUCCAACAGCAUUUCCACAGUCGUUGAAGCACCAUCGGUUGUAGAAAAGGUGGAGACUGAGGAGGCUCAGGAAGAAGUUCACGAGGAAAUGCAUGAGGAGGCCAAGGAGGAUGCACCGCAAGCCGAUGAAACCCCCGCGACACCUGUCAUUGAGACUGCACCCACAUCGUCAAAAGCCAAUCUCGCUGGUGACUAUAGCGCCUACUUCAUGCGGGACACCAUUCCCGAUGGAACUAGCAUGGCUUCGUCGCAUGUUUUUGAACAGACAUGGACACUUUACAAUCCCGGACCGUCGACAUGGCCAGUGGGCACUAGCGUGCGCUUCGUUGGCGGCGACGCAAUGUUCAAUGUCAACACUGAGCAUCCUUCCAGCGCUGUUGCUCUUGCUGAGGCCAUGUCAAGCAACGAAACGACCCAUCCAAUUGCGCCAUCUGACUCGGCCAACUUCUCGGUCACGCUCAAGAGUCCUCGGCGUUUGGGGACAUCCAUCUCCUAUUGGCGAUUGAAGUUGCCCAAUGGAACCCCUUUCGGUCAUAAACUAUGGUGUGACAUCAAGGUUGUUGACGAGCCCAAGGAGAGUGAGACUCCUUUGGCUGGUAGCAACAUGGUCUUCCCCAAGCUUGAAAAGGAGUCUCCUGUGUCUAGCAUUCACCAGGCUCUCUCGCACUCCUCUACUCCGGCAUUCACUGCACCAGUUUCGAAUACGGACGAGCAGGGCAUCCUCGAGGAUGUGGAGAGUCUGACCUUGGAAGACGUCGAGUCGGACGACGACGGAUUUUUGACCGAUGAAGAAUAUGACAUUCUUGACGCCAGUGACCAGGAGUCAUUCAGCGAAAAGCACAUCUAA